GGUAUCAAAUCCCGCGAGACUUUGCGAAGAUUACGUUUCUACUGCGAGGAGUUGACAGCACGAGACGAACGUGAAGUGGCAGUGACACCAGUACUGAUGUUCCAGUGUGGCUCUGCAUACUAAAAAUGGCUGCAGUUCAAGGAAUGAGGGCCCUACUGAGGCUACAUCGAUCAGUGGCAUUGCAACGCAGUUCUGGGCCCAUUCCAGUGCAGUUUGCAUCAGCUGUCUUUCCCAGGAGGGUUUGUAAUGAUGCUCCAAACAGCAGUGAAUCAAAGGUGCCUGUGAACCCAGAGAAUGAAUCUCUGUUGGAGAACCUGAGCCUGAUGGGCGUUGAUGUGAAGAUGGCACGCCAGCGACAACCUGGGGUGCUGCGUAAAGUCUUCACAAAUGAGCAAGGUGUUGCUGAGUUUCUACAGGGGAAAGGAGCAAGUCUCAAAGUGAUAGCAAGCAUCAUAUCGCGCUACCCCCGAGCUAUCACCCGCUCCAUCGAUCACCUGGAACAACGCUGGACGCUGUGGAGAAGUAUCUUUAAGACGGAUGACGAAAUUGUGAGCAUCCUGGCUCGCUCUCCCGAGUCUUUCUUCCGCACAAGUGAUAACGAGAACUUGGUAAAGAACAUACACUUCCUGAUUUCUCUGGGACUGAAUAACAAAGACCUUCACCGGCUGCUGACGACGGCACCACGGACCUUCUCCAACAGUCUGGAGCUCAAUAUGCAGAUGGUGGAUCUUCUGGAGGACAUCUGUGCUGAGCUUGGAGGACAAAAUCCAAAGCAAUUUGUAAAAAGUGUCAUAUCAAGAAACCUCUACAUUCUCAUUAGAAGCACAAAGAGAGUUAAGACAAACAUAAGUAUCCUAAGAGGCUCGCUUAAGUUGAAAGAUUCCGAGCUGCUGGCUCUUAUUGAAGGCCAUGGGGCAGAUAUUCUGGACCUUUCCAAUGAGUAUCUAAAAAAAAACUUAACCAACCUUCAGCAGAAACUGGCUUCUCUUGGCUGCAAGAACACAGACAUGAAAAAACUGAUCAUCAACUAUCCAAUGAUUCUCUACAUCGGAUCUGACACACUGAACUCGAAACUAGACUGUCUCCUCAAAGGAGGAAUAACCGUACAGCAGAUUCUGGAGAAGCCCAAGGUUUUGGACUACAGCACACAAAACAUUACAGAGAGACUAGAGGAGCUGCACAGAUUGAAUUAUGACUUCCAGAAGAAUGGCAUCAACAUCUUAGACUCAAGUCGUAAAAGAUUCUCAGCAAAGCUAGAAAAACUUGGUGCCGCACCUCAAUACUGAAUUGAAUAAAUUGCUUUUUUAUAUUGUGAUGGAGUAGACUGCUCGAAGUGAGGUUUGCAGCUUCAGAACUAUGAAGUUUUAAGAUUUUACACAUUUAACUAAUCAUAAUUAUCCCCAUUGUCUGUUUUUUUGUGUCACAUUUCACUACAACUACUAACUUUCAAUAUACCUGAAUAUUUUGACUAUAUUCUUGUGAAGGUGCAAACUUGAAAUAAAUGCAACAUCCGAA